GUGGGAAGAGGUGGUCUCUCUCCAGACUUUACCACUUGAACCCGUUUCAUCAUAGCGGAGAGAUUGCAUCAUGUUACAGUCCUGGAUUCAGUAGGGGCAAAGGCGAAACGAACCAUCCUUGUGGAUCAGUCCCAUGGACUUCCCCGUCCGACCCCUCCAUUUGAUUUCCUGUUCAACAGGGAGUUAACACGAACCAGCAGCCUGCGAUUGCCAUGGAAGAGUUAAUAGUUGAGCUGCGUUUGUUUCUUGAACUUCUGGACCAUGAAUAUCUAACUUCUACUGUCAGGGAGAAGAAGGCAGUAAUAACUAACAUCCUCCUGAGGAUACAGUCAUCAAAAGGUUUUGAAAUAAAAGAACAUGUACAGAAGCAAGAAGUUGCCAACAGUUUGCCAGCACCUCCUCAAAUGCCUCUGCCAGAAAUACCUCAGCAGUGGCUGCCACCAGAUAAUGGGCCUCCACCAUUACCAACGUCUUCCCUUCCUGAAGGCUAUUAUGAAGAGGCAGUACCACUUAGUCCUGGGAAGGCUCCCGAGUACAUCACUUCCAAUUAUGAUUCAGACGCUAUGAGCAGCUCUUAUGAAUCCUACGAUGAAGAGGAGGAGGAUGGAAAGGGGAAGAAAAUGAGACAUCAGUGGCCUUCCGAGGAGGCCUCUAUGGAUCUGGUGAAGGAUGCCAAAAUCUGUGCCUUCCUUCUUAGAAAGAAACGAUUUGGGCAAUGGACCAAACUACUGUGUGUUAUCAAAGAAAACAAACUACUGUGUUACAAAAGUUCCAAGGACCAGCAGCCCCAGAUGGAGCUACUCCUGAAUGACUGCAGUAUCACGUACAUUCCCAAAGACAGCAAAAAGAAGAAGCAUGAGCUGAAAAUCUCGCACCAAGGAGCGGAUGCCCUGGUUCUGGCAGUGCAGAGCAAAGAGCAGGCGGAACAGUGGCUAAAGGUUAUAAAAGAAGUGUGCAGCAACUGUACGGGAGCAGUAGACUCCGAUGGCCCAUUGUCUAGCUCUCCAGUGCACAAGACGGAGCUAGAAAAGAAGUUGUCAUCUGAGAGGCCCAGCUCAGAUGGGGAGGGUGCUGUGGAAAAUGGAAUCACUACUGUGUGCAAUGGAAAAGAUCAAGUGAAGAGGAAAAAAAGUUCAAAACCAGAAGCCAAGGGCACUGUGACUAAAGUAACUGGGAAAAAAAUAACAAAGAUCAUUGGCUUAGGAAAGAAAAAGCCAUCAACAGAUGAACAGACCUCAUCAGCUGAAGAAGAUGUUCCAACAUGUGGAUAUCUAAACGUGCUCUCAAAUAACCGUUGGCGUGAGCGCUGGUGCAGAGUGAAAGACAAUAAACUCAUUUUCCACAAGGACAGGACAGAUCUGAAGACGCACAUUGUUUCUAUCCCUCUCCGUGGCUGUGAAGUCAUCCCGGGACUGGAUUCAAAGCAUCCCCUGACCUUCCGCCUCCUCCGAAACGGGCAGGAGGUUGCUGUGCUCGAGGCAUCCUCCUCCGAAGACAUGGGCAGAUGGUUGGGAAUUUUGCUGGCGGAAACAGGAUCUUCAACAGACCCUGGAGCUCUGCACUACGAUUACAUCGAUGUGGAAAUGACAGCAAGCGUCAUCCAGGCUGCAAAACAGACUUUCUGUUUUAUGAACAGGCGAGUUAUAUCUACAAAUCCGUAUCGGGGAAGCACUGCCAAUGGCUACGCCUGUCCGAGUGGAAUGGCACUUCAUUAUGAUGAUGUUCCCUGCAUAAAUGGAUCGUGGGAACCAGAAGAUGGCUUUCCUUCUUCUCGUAGCAGGAACAUUGGAGAAGAAAUGCUUUAUGAUAACGCAGGCCUGUACGAUAACUUGCCGUCUCCAAAAAUCUUUGCGCGCUAUCCACCAGCUGACAGAAAACCCAAUAGGUUAUCUACUGACAAACUCUCCUCUAACCAUUACAAAUACCCUGUCUCAUCCAAUCUGUCUUCUGCUCAGUCUGUCACUAAUACCUCUGCUGUGGGGAGGGGAUCUGGCUCACAGUUUAAAGGCAAGAAGCCGCCUGCAACUGCUAAUGGGAUCACCGGAAAAGGGAGAACUUUAAAUAGCCAGCCAAAGAAACCCGAAUCGGUGUCAUGUGUGAAGCGCACUGCAUCCAAUGCCGAGCAGUACAAAUAUGGCAAGAAUCGUGUGGAGGCAGAUGCAAAGAGGCUACAAAGCAAAGAGGAGGAGCUGCUAAAGAGGAAAGAAGCACUUCGGAACAGGCUGGCCCAGCUUCGAAAAGAAAGGAAAGAUCUACGUGCUGCCAUUGAAGUCAAUGCAGGCAGGAAGACCCAAGUAAUUCUUGAAGAUAAGUUAAAGAAGUUGGAAGAGGAGUGCAAGCAGAAGGAGGCUGAGCGUGUAAACCUGGAGCUGGAACUGACCGAGGUGAAGGAGAGCCUUAAGAAAGCCUUGGCUGGUGGCAUCACACUGGGCUUGGCUAUUGAGCCCAAGUCAGGAACAUCAAGCCCACAGUCUCCAAUUUUCAAGCACCGAACUUUGGAAAACUCUCCAAUCUCCAGUUGUGACACUAGUGAUACCGAAUGCUCAAUACCUGUGAACAGCGCAGCAGCUCUGAAGCGACCUCCCUCGACAAACAAUUCUCCCUGUCGAGGUCAUGUCCUUCGAAAAGCAAAGUUACAAAUGAGCCCAGGCCUUAUAGAUGUGGCUAAGGAAAGGGCGUCACACGAAUGGGAGAUGAAAAAUGGAACAUAAACAUAACAAAACCACUCACUUUCCAUAAAGGCCUUACCUGUUAUGGACCAAGACAUAGGCUGCAGAAGAUUCAUCUGAAAGGUGGUAUCUAGCGAUACAACAUAAGAGGUUUUAUAACUCUGUUAAGUUAAUGGUAGCUUGGCGCUAAUUUGCCUGUAUUCCCUCUACUGUAUUGCUGUGUAACUACGUGUGCCCCUUUUUAUUAGCUGUAACUCUUUAUUUCCAACUUCACUGAUGAAGAAAAUGAAAACCAAAAAAAACCGAACCAACCAUAUUACGUAAAAAGGAGCAUAAAGUCGCUGUUGAAAGUUUACUGAAACAGCAUUAGACCAGCAAUGUUAAUUAUAUCCCAUCAGAUGGCCUAACCACCACUGACGACUGGUGCAUUACGACCGAUGUGAAAUACUAAAUCUUACAGCUUAAAACUGACUUAGCGAGAUCUUCCACAGAGGUGGCUGAGCAAAGUCUUGCUCAUUAGCCGUCGCCUUGCUGUUAGCAGUUCACGUGGCAAAAGAAAACUGAAGAAAUGCGUUGGCAGCAGUGGCAGGGCUCCCUGGAGCUCCUCAGUGCUGCUGUCCUCAACACUGCUGCGACACCGUGGGAUGACACGACUCAGCUGUGAAGCAUUCUUUGGAUACUAUUUAGACAGCUGCUUUUGUCACUGGGAGAUAAAAAGCUGCCAUACUUUGAAAAAAAAAGUAUGUUCUCUUCAUUAGUGUUCCAAAGCACCAGUUGUUUUCAAAGGUCAUGUUGUCGAAAUAUGAUUUGUUCCUGUUUUUUUCUAAAGGCAAAAGGUAUUUUUUAGAUACUGCUUCUUUUCUACACUUUUUUAAAAAAUGAAACAACUUAAUUGAAAUUAAUCCUCAACAGAAAAUGGCAACUCAUAAUAGCUUAUGCAGUCAGUCUUGUUUUGGUUUUUUAUAACAUAGUGUUGUUAAACUUGACUUACAGAACACUGCUGUACUUAGUUCCCUUCAUCUUUUCAGACCUCAGCUAUUAUUUUUGAAGGCGGAUUGAAAAGAUGGUAGUUUCCAGGCUCUUUAUAGACACUUUUACAGAGAAUUGGGGAUUUUCUGACAGAAGUCCACUUCUGUUUAGUAGGAAACAGCAUCUUGCAUUUUAAUCAGUAAAAUUAUAGAAAUCUGUUCUUCUUUGUCUCCAUCCAUCUCACUUCUGAGAUCUUACAUGCAGUAAAUUGCCCACUAAAGUCCUUCAAAAUCUCAAGAUUGGCUUUAAAAAAUCGGUAGAGAGAGAGGGGAAAAAACAUAUAAUCAGUUGGGUUCUUUUAAUAUUUUCUCUGUGUUAUUUUUAAGCCUUUGGAGAGCCUUCAAUCACAUUCUUGAGAUUUUUUUUUUCUUCUCAACUGUGAGGACUAGAAAAUUACUUUAAUUUAAAAAAUUAAAAUAUUACUCAUACUUGGAGAUAAUCACAGAUGUUAGGGCUGCAGUCUUGAUGAUUAUUUAAAACUUGCAAUCAAAACUGCAGACAUUGGCAAGACAGCAGUUCCUUUAUGUGGAAGAGGUGUGUUUAACUCCUAAAGGGGACACUGGGAUUCCCAGCCGAGCUGGAUACCAGAGGACUUCCCACUGGAGCUGGUGGGCUUUGAAGGCACAGAGCGAUCAGAAAGACCCGAUAGCUGCCAGGACACAGGGCCAUGUCCUCUUCCCAAAUGCAGUUAGUGCAAGGCAUCCCAUUAACCUCAGCAGGGUCGGUUUCUACAAUGGGGUCAAAAAUGAGAAAAAGCACGUUGCUUCUUGGGACUAUGUUUUGUACAACGUUCCGCAGGAAUGCAGAUACGGUAGGGAAGCGUCAGUGUGGUUUUUCACUCACUAAAACCAGGAUUUUUUUAAUAUUAUUUUAGGUCAUCUGCUUACUUACUAUCUUUGUAAGUGGAGGGCACAUUCUAUGCUGUAUGACUACGGACUAAAGAGUAUCAAGUUCCCAUAAGUAUUAGCAGAAACAAAUUUGAAGCAAAAGUUCAUUUAGGCUUUUUAUUUCAAAUUAAGUUAUUUAUUUGUAUAUUUCAAUAAAUAUUUAAUUUAUAUCUGUACAUAUUUAUGAUGCAAAUUAGGCUUCUAGUCAAGGUUUGCAAUGAUGUAUCAGUUGCCAUUAAGAAGUGGUCCCGCAUCAAGUAACACAGAGUAGGCAAAAGCCAAAUCACUUGGUGUCUUUAUCCAAUAUUGGCAUUGGGUAACUGACACCCGCUGCAGCAGGGGCUGCUGGCAAAAUUAAGCAUCUUUCACUCUUCCUCCAGAAAAGGCUCCAUAAAGCCAUCCCUGCCCUCUCACCCCUGACCCAGCACCUACUGUAAUCGUAUGUCCCUAAUGCAUAAGUACCUUGGUAGCAUCACACUUUGCAUUAGUGGCAUGUCUAUUCUAUACAGUGGCCAAGGUUUGAAAAGGAGGAAAAAAAAAAACCAACCUCGGGCAGGAACCUCUCGAUAGACACAUUUGGUGCUGUGAAAUGUACUCUGUUUUCUUGAAUAGUACUAUUGCUGUAUAAUUUUUUAUAAACUGCAACAGAGCUUGUAUUUUCACCAUUUUUAGAUUUCAGGAUCAACAGGCAAAGUCAGCAAUAGAGCAGCAUGACUUUUGCUUCAAAGGAAAACUCUUGUAUUUUAAACCAUUGCAUUUCUAUGUCUCUUAAGAAAACGUUACACUUGUGCUUCCUCAACAAACUUCUAUUACUAUCCCAGGUGCUUUUUUUACUUGUGUUUUGUUUGGGUUUUUUUUAUGGGUGAUGCUAUUAAAAAAAAAAAAAAUCAUAAUUUUUGGGGAUCAAAGGUGUUUUUUUAAAAUGAGAGGAGAUGAUUGUGGCAAUUUGAUUUUUCAAAUGGAGAAUACUUAAUUUAGUAUCAAUUUUUGUUAAAGAUACUUUCAAAUUAAUUGGCCCAGGCUGUAUGUUGUAAGAUAAUGUUCUCAUAUUAAGAAUGUAAUUAUUUCCUUAUUGUAUUUUUUAAAAAAACAAAAUCAUAUUUAAAAAUCUCUGUGGAAAAAAAAAACAUGAAAGAAACAUGAAAAAGUUUUUUGUUUUAUUUUUGUUAUUGGAUAUGUUGGCAGUGCCCAUUAUAAUUGAUUGUAAAUAUAGUCUUUCUACUGUAUUUCUCAAUGUAUUUAAGUUUUUUUGGACACACAUUCAUGGAAACUUAUGUAAAAAAAAUAAGAAGUGCAAAAUAGACUCACCUUCAAAUGUGUGUCUUAGUAGCUUCAACUAUCUUUAUGCCUUUCUCGUUUAUUCUUCAGAAAGUCUUGCAGAGUGUGAAAAAAGACUGGCACCUGGUAGGUGCGACAGAUCCAAGACCAUUAUUAAUAAAGUUACCUGUCAAGAAAA